GCUCAUCGACGAAUCCCGUUCGAUUGGCUUAUCAGACUGGCAGUCAGUGUGGUCAAAAGGGAGUUGACGUAAUCUUUUCAGUAAAUCAAGGCAUUCUAUCCGUUCUUUUUCGCUUGUGUGCAGAUAUCCGGCCGCCUUUCAUCCGAACAGGAAAAUAACCUUAUCAAGUAGGCACCGAAUGCAGUGGAAACCUAUAUGGUGGCGACUGAAACAGCUAGGAUGGGUAUUUUUUAUUUAAGUGGACUUUUUGAAAACAUUUCUGCCAGCGUUCUCUGAUAAACUAGAUUAGCGAUCAUUUAAACGCCUAGUAUUUUUCGCUGCUUUUGUAUAGUGUUGUAGUCUUCGGUGGAUCUUCAAAAGAGGGAAAACUUCGAAACUGUAUUAGGGGAGAGAGUCCUAAACCACCGCCAUGUCGGGGGCCUCAGUGAAAGUGGCUGUCAGAGUUCGUCCCUUUAACUCAAGGGAAAUGGGAAAGGAUUCCAAAUGCAUCAUUCAGAUGCAAGGCAACUCCACCACCAUCCUCAACCCCAAAAACCCAAAGGAACCAGCAAAGAACUUCAGUUUCGACUACUCUUACUGGUCACACACUACGACCGAAGACCCCUGCUUCGCCUCACAGACGCUUGUGUUCAAUGACAUCGGUAAAGAGAUGCUGCAGCACGCCUUCGAAGGCUACAAUGUCUGCAUCUUUGCCUACGGCCAGACCGGAGCUGGCAAGUCCUACACCAUGAUGGGCAAGCAGGAGGACGGGCAGGAAGGAAUCAUUCCCCUGCUCUGUGAAGAUCUCUUUGAGAAGAUCAAUGACAGCAACAAAGGGGAUCUCUCCUACUCCGUGGAGGUCAGCUACAUGGAGAUCUACUGUGAGCGCGUGAGGGACUUACUCAACCCCAAGAACAAAGGGAACCUGCGGGUGCGAGAGCACCCCCUGCUGGGGCCCUACGUGGAGGACCUGUCCAAGCUGGCCGUCACCUCCUACACAGACAUCGCUGACCUCAUGGACGCCGGGAACAAGGCCAGGACGGUGGCGGCCACCAACAUGAACGAGACCAGCAGCAGGUCCCACGCUGUGUUCACCAUCGUCUUCACUCAGAAGAAACACGACAAUGAAACGGAAGUGUCCACAGAAAAGGUCAGCAAAAUCAGCCUGGUGGACUUGGCAGGCAGUGAGCGAGCCGACUCCACUGGGGCCACAGGGACCAGGUUAAAGGAGGGAGCGAACAUCAACAAGUCUCUGACCACGUUAGGGAAAGUCAUAUCUGCCCUGGCCGAGGUGAGCAAGAAGAAGAAGAAGUCUGACUUCAUCCCGUACCGAGACUCGGUUCUGACCUGGCUGUUGAGGGAGAACCUGGGUGGCAACUCCCGGACGGCGAUGGUGGCGGCCCUCAGUCCUGCCGACAUCAACUAUGACGAAACCCUCAGCACGCUACGUUAUGCUGACCGGGCUAAGAACAUCAAGUGUAACGCUGUGAUCAACGAGGACCCCAACAACAAGCUGGUGCGCGAUCUGAAGGACGAGGUGCAGCGACUGAAGGAGCUGCUUCAAGCUCAGGGCCUGGGCGAUAUCCUGGACACCCCUAUUGGCUCCCUGACUGCUUCCCCGUCCUCUGGCUCACUGUGCAGCCAGGUGGGCUUGCAGUCUGUCACCAGCAUCCAGGAGCGCAUCAUGUCUACGCCCGGAGGAGAAGAAGCCAUCGAGAGACUCAAGGAAUCAGAGAAGAUCAUUGCAGAGCUCAAUGAGACCUGGGAGGAGAAGCUGAGGAAGACUGAGGCGAUUCGCAUGGAGAGAGAAGCCCUGCUGGCGGAGAUGGGCGUGGCCAUACGCGAGGACGGAGGCACUCUGGGAGUUUUCUCUCCUAAAAAGACUCCUCACCUGGUGAACCUUAACGAGGACCCCCUGAUGUCGGAAUGUCUGCUGUACUACAUCAAAGACGGAAUCACCAGGGUUGGCCAGGCGGACGCUGAGAGGCGUCAGGACAUCGUCCUGAGUGGAGCCCACAUCAAGGAGGAGCACUGCAUCUUCUGCAGUGAGAGGAACGCCAACGGUCAUGUCGUCGUCAUGUUGGUGCCCUGUGAGGGGUCAGAGACCUACGUUAACGGCAAGCGUGUCGGGGCUUCGGUUCAGCUGCGUUCAGGAAAUCGCAUCAUAAUGGGGAAGAACCACGUGUUCCGCUUCAACCACCCGGAGCAGGCGCGCGCGGAGCGGGAGAAGACCCCGUCGGCCGAGACCCCGGUGGAGCCGGUGGACUGGACCUUUGCCCAGCGAGAGCUUCUGGAGAAGCAGGGAAUCGACAUGAAGCAGGAGAUGGAGAAAAGACUGACAGAGAUGGAGAUCUUGUACAAGAAAGAAAAGGAGGAAGCAGACCAGCUUCUGGAGCAGCAAAGACUGGUCUAUGAGAGCAAGUUACAGGAACUCCAGAAACAGGUGGAGACGCGCUCGCUGGCCGCGGAGACGCCCGACGAGGAAGAAGAGGAGGAGGAGGAGGAGGAAGUGCCCUGGACCCAGCAUGAGUUUGAGCUGGCCCAGUGGGCAUUCAGGAAGUGGAGGUACCAUCAGUUCACUUCCCUCAGAGACCAGCUGUGGGGCAACGCCGUGUACCUGAAGGAGGCCAACGCCAUCAGCGUGGAGCUCAAGAAGAAGGUCCAGUUCCAGUUCGUACUGCUGACGGACACCCUUUACUCCCCGCUGCCCCCCGACCUGCUGCCCCCUGAGCCGGAGAAGGAGCGUGACUCCAGGCCCUUCCCCCGUACCGUGGUGGCGGUGGAGGUGCAGGACCUGAAGAACGGGGCCACGCACUACUGGUCCCUGGAGAAGCUCAAGCAGAGGCUGGAGCAGAUGAGGGAGAUGUACGACCGUGCCGGAGAACUGGCCUCGUCCGUUCAGGACGACAACGAGGGCGCACUGACAGGAAAUGACCCGUUCUACGACCGCUUUCAUUGGUUCAAACUGGUGGGAAGCUCCCCCAUAUUCCACGGCUGCGUCAACGAGCACCUGGCGGACCGCACGCCCUCGCCCACCUUCUCCACGGCCGACUCUGACAUCACCGAGCUGGCGGACGAGCGCCAGAGCGAGAUGUCAGACCUGAUGGAUGAUGAGGCCUUUGUGGACGACACCAGCUCCGACGCCGGCACCGAGGAGGGCUCAGACAUCUUCAGCGACGGCCAGGACCCCUUCUACGACCGCUCCCCCUGGUUCAUACUGGUGGGAAGGGCCUUUGUGUACCUGAGCAACCUGCUGUACCCCGUUCCCCUGGUCCACCGCGUUGCCAUAGUGACGGAGAAAGGCGAAGUGCGUGGUUUCCUGCGCGUGGGGGUGCAGGCCAUCGCUGCUGAUGAGGAGGCGCCUGACUACGGCUCCGGGGUGAGACAGUCUGGAACCGCCAAGAUCUCCUUCGAUGACGAGUACUUUAGAAAGAAGGACUUUCCCUGCACGGUCAUGACCCGCUCUGGCGUCUCCCUGGAGGAGCUGCGGAUCGUGGAGGGUCAGGGGCAGAGUUCAGAGAUCAGCGCCCCCUCGGAAGAGCUCCACAGGAUCAGUGACAUGGAUCUGAAGCUAGGAGACUUGGGCGAGUCCAAGCUGGGGCCUGGAGAAGGCCUGGCGGCAAGGCUGGAGGUGGGCAGCAUCUUCACCUUCAGAGUGACCGUCCUGCAGGCCAGCGGGAUCCUGCCUGAGUACGCAGACAUCUUCUGCCAGUUCAAUUUCCUGCAUCGUCAUGACGAGGCCUUCUCCACUGAGCCCCUGAAGAACUCCGGAAAAGGAUCUCCUCUGGGCUUUUACCAUGUCCAGAACAUAUCGGUGGAGGUGACAGAGUCCUUUAUAGAGUACAUCAAGACCAAGCCCAUCGUGUUCGAGGUGUUCGGCCACUACCAGCAGCACCCCCUGCACCUGCACGGCCAGGACCUCAUCAGUCCUCCACAGCCAUCCAGGAAGUACUACCCUAUCCCCAUGCCUCUGUCCAAGCCAGUCCCAGCCACCAAGCUGAACACUAUCACCAAGUCCAACCUGGGUCAGUGUGUGAGCAAAUACGACCUGCUGGUGUGGUUUGAGAUCAGCGAACUGGAACCAACGGGAGAGUACAUCCCAGCUGUGGUGGACCACAGUGGAGGUCUACCCUGUCAUGGGACCUACCUGCUGCACCAGGGUAUCCAGCGCAGGAUCACAGUGACUCUGAUUCAUGAGAAGGGCAGCGAGCUGCAUUGGAAGGACGUACGAGAGUUGGUAGUAGGCCGCAUCAGGAACAAGCCUGAGGUAGAUGACUCUGCAGCCGACGCUGUACUCUCUCUCAACAUCAUCUCUGCUAAAAACAUCAAGUCGUCCCACAACGCCAACAGGACCUUCUACCGUUUCGAGGCAGUGUGGGACAGCUCCCUGCACAACUCUCUCCUGCUCAACCGGGUGACUCCCUACGGAGAGAAGAUAUUCAUGACCCUUUCUGCAUACCUGGAGCUUGACCACUGCAUCCAGCCCGCCAUCAUUACCAAAGACAUCUGCAUGGUCUUCUACUCUCGAGACGCGAAGAUCUCGCCUCCCCGCUCGCUAAGGAACUUCUUUGGUAGCGGCUACUCCAAGACCCCUGACUGUAACCGAGUGACGGGGAUCUACGAGCUGAGCCUGUGUAAGAUGUCAGACACAGGAAGUCCAGGAAUGCAGCGGCGGAGGAGGAAGAUCCUGGACACGUCGGUGGCGUACGUGAGGGGCGAGGAGAACCUGGCAGGCUGGAGGCCCCGGGGAGACAGCCUCAUCCUGGAGCACCAGUGGGAGCUGGAGAAGAUCGAGCAGAUGCACGAGGUGGAGAAGACCCGUCACCUUCUUCUGCUGAGAGAGAAGCUGGUGGAGAACGCCCCCGCAGGAACAGGAAGUGGUCCGGGGACAGGAAGUUGCCCGGGCAGCAAGUCCCUGAGCGAGUCUCUGUCUCCGAGCAUGAGCAGUGGGACCCUGAGCACCUCCACCUCCAUCUCCUCCCAGAUCUCCAGCACCACCUUUGAGAGCGCCAUCACCCCCAGCGAGAGUUCCGGCUACGACUCUGCUGACAUCGAGAGCCUGGUGGACCGGGAAAAGGAGCUGGCCACCAAGUGCCUGCGUCUCCUGACUCACACCUUCAACAGUGAGUACAACCAGGUGUGCAACAGCAUCAGCGACUGCAAGCUGUCAGACAUCUCUCCCCUGGGUCGUGACUCCUCGGUGACCAGCUUCAGCAGUGCCACCCUCACCCCCAGCUCCACCUGCCCCUCCCUGGCUGACUCCCGCUGCAGCUCCAUGGACCAGAAGACCCCUGAUGCUAACUCCCGCGCCUCCAGCCCCUCCUGUUCGGACUACGAGAACUUUCCCAUGGUGCCCACCCUGGAGACCUCCUACCUGGCCCGCGCUGGCAAGAACGAGUUCCUCAACCUGGUGCCCGACAUCGAGGAGAUGAGGACAGGGUCGGUGGUGUCUAAGAAGGGCUUCCUGAGCUUCAUGGAGCCCCGCUCCAACUCGUGGGUGAAGCACUUUGUGGUGGUGCGUCGCCCGUACGUGUUCAUCUACAACAGCGACCGCGACCCAGUAGAGAGGGGCGUGCUGAACCUGUCCACCGCCCAGGUGGAGUACAGCGAGGACCAGCAGGCCAUGCUCAAGACCCCGAACACGUUUGCUGUGUGUACGAAGCACAGAGGAAUCCUGCUGCAGGCCAACAACGACAAGAACAUGAACGAGUGGCUCUACGCCUUCAACCCCCUGCUGGCCGGCACCAUACGGUCAAAGUUGGCGAGGAGGCGUUCGGGCCUGAUGAAGAACUGAUGACUUCACCUGCGUCACCAGCGAAACCUCUGUCCUGUUCUUCUGACUAGCCUUCGAACAUACCAAGUGUUAAUACUUAUUAACCAUUGUGAUUCUUGAUGGUUUUCUCUUGUACGUAGAUCUGUGGCUUAAGUCUCCUGCUCCAGCAACUAAAAGUUUCAGUCCCUGAAAUCCUGCUUUCCCCCCCCCACUGUAGGCCCUCUGCUACACCCCAGAUGUCCCCCCCCCUCUCUCUCCCUCUCCCCACAUCUCUAUCCCCUGGCCCUCCGUGUUUUCGUUCAGACUUCUGUUUGAUCCUCUGUUAUUGCUUCGUUGUCAUUCCCAGACUCUCCCUGAACUAGUAGCAUGUUGUAAUAGUCUACUUGUGUGUGCACGAUUCUUCUGAAACACAUUCUGACCCACUCGUCUUUUGAUUUCCCCCCCACUUAUCGUCUGUGAAGAUUGUCUCUUAUAUAUCAGUGUUAUCGGUCUGACGGGAGGAGUUCGAUUUUUACUUGCCCGCAUGAAAACUGCAGCAGACUCGGGAGACGACCAAGUUUUUGCUAACUUACGAAAAUAAAAACGACAAGUAGGCUACACAAGGAAAGGAAAAGCCGCCAAACCUCAUGUGAAAUAUCAAUUAACUCCUACAGAAAGCUAGGCUGGUUUUAAAACUAUUGCUGCUAGCAAUAUUACAGGUUUUUACGUUUUACGAGAUUUUCCAGUGGGCCGACUUAACUUUCCCUGAAACAGUCCAGCCUUCUUGGCCCUCUCGUUCCUAGUGUAAAAUACUAAACCGCAAAAACAAGAACAGACUGUCAAGAUCCCUUGCCUUUCAAAAACCACUUUGUUGCGACAUUUGAGAAACACAAUUAUUAUAGUGUUUACUUCCCUGUAUAUGACCUCUGUAUAUACACCAAUCCAAAUUUACACAUCACCAUUGGUCGUUCUGAUAUCAGAAAUCUGUUUUGGCGGAAAAAUAGGCAAAAUUUUCCCCAGGAGAUGCGCUUUCACGAUACAGUACUGAAAAGCAGAGCGGUUCUCACAAAAAAAUGUAUUUUAAAAGAAUCCCUCUGCCAGUUUAGCUGUUCUGCUCCUCUCAGUCUCUGAUUGGAUGGAGCAGAAAAGACCUUGUCACCAGAAGAGAGGGAGAAGGAUGACAGACAGUAAUACUGUGGAGAGGAUGUCGUUUGUACAUAAUGUUCCAAGAUAAGUGUCAGGCGCUUCUCUCAUUAAGGAUUUAAGACAUUCCUGUCAGCUCUUCGUGCUAUUCUCACGUGGCCCGUUAGGGGUCGUCUCAUAUCUGCAGAGGACCUCGGCCUGGACCAGGCCUUGUGUCUGCCAUCACCUUCCAAAAGUAAAUGAACUGAAGACAUAACAUACUGUACACAGAAGGAACCAAGGGAAGGAAGCAAGGGAAUGAAGUAGGGUAGUAGUCAACCUUGGUCCAGAUGCUUGGUGAAGGCUACAGCGUGUUAGCUGUAGGCCUCUUAUUUCUGGUCUAUUCCCCUUUUUCAUGAAAAACCAUCAGGUACUAUCUAUCUACAAGUUCAAUACUGUAGUCAAGAGGGGACUGGUGCACGGCAGAAUUACCCUUGUUGUUUUUUUUUUUUUGCAUUCUUGAAUUUAAACCUCUAAACUCUUAACUGUUCACAUAAGUUAUUCAUUUUUUUUUUUUCCAUAACUGUUGAUUAUUUUAUACUAUGCGGUCAUCAUACAGCGGAGCUUGAUGUGAAAUGGAACGAGGGCCUUUAUUUUGCGGUUUUAUUCAGCAAUGUUUAAGUUGACCAUUGAUUUGCACAGGUACAGACAUAACUAUAGCAAGGCUAGGGCAGACCAGACAUCUGACUUCAUGAUUGAUCGGAUGUUAGCAUCUUCGGUUAGAAUUAUGAGAAUAUAGUAUUGAUAUGAAAGCACGUGUUUUCAAAGCGUAGACACUGGUUCUUAAUAUGUGUGGCGUUUGGGAGUAUCUGCUAAGGUUUUCUUGAUAUGACUAGAAUGAAAGGGAUAAAAUAUGCUCUGAGGUUUUUUAAAUAUUAUUUGUGGAAAAUAUUUGCUGUGUACAUCAUUGGGUCAACUGUGGUCAUAUAGCCAGAGCCAAAAAGAAAAUGCCUGGCAACAGGUAGCUCUGUCUCUACGAUUGGUUUGAUAGUGAAGAAAGAAGAAAUGUAAUUGGGCAUUAGGAAACUCUGGCCAACCAACCAGCAGAAUGCCCACAAUGCAUUAGAAGGACAUGUCCUGGGUGUGUAGAGACGGGCACCAUGGUGGUUAAACCCUUUGGGAGUUUAGAGGCUAAUUGUUUACUGCCUCUUAAACAAAAAGAAAAGGAAAAUCUCUUUUAAAGAGGUUUGUCAAAAGAUACUGUUGCCGUAGACAUGGUGGGAUUUGCUUGGAGAUAUCAUGAUUUGCAACUUUCUCUUUGAGCAAACGGGAGCACCUUAGAUAUGCCCUGUCCUCAGGUCAAUCUGCCUGUAGGGACUAACUCAACGUUUGCAAUUGGAUUGUUACCUUCCAGAGAAGUUGCAGUUUAAGAUUUCUUAUUAGAAUUCCCUGUAAACAGAUAACCAGUCUUCUCCAAGAUUACAGAGCCGCUUCUAUGCAGCGAUCAAAGUUCGAAGUUUGCCUCGCUUUAACUUUACAGCAUUGGACAAUGACAUGUAUGAACUGAUAUUAACGUAUUGGUAUGAUUAUCUGUCAGAGCAGAGAUUUUCCCCUUGACCACUAAUCUGUUAUUUUGGAUCGUUGUAUUUAUUCUUUGCAAUGUAUAUAUUAGUUUGCAGCUCUUUGCACAUAAUAAAAAAUGGUAUAACUAACUGAUCAAA